CGUGAUUUAACCUAUACUUUUAUCACUCAAUGUUUACUAUUUAAUUUAUUUAUUUUUAUACUUACAUUUUAUAUGAUAUGAUUUUUCGAGUUAAAUGUUCUUAUUGAUAUGAUAUUAUUUUUUAAAUCAAUUCGAACUGACAGUAACCAAUUGCUUUUGAGCUAAAAUGGAAGUUUUAAAUGAUGAUUUGUUUACUUUGCCACUGGUAUUGGAUUCAACUGAAAAUAAUUCUGUUAGUUUAUCGAAUUAUAAUGGCUUGCAAUUAGAAGUCAAAGACCAAUCAGUACCUUUAGUUAUUCUUGAAAAUGGAGAUAUAAUGUUGCAAAACAUCACAGAUUGCCCCCUCUUACUCUCCAACAGUUUGGCAAAUGGGAAUUAUAUGACUGAUGAAGAUGUUUUCAUUAAAGAUUCUGAUUAUAGAUCAAGCGAAACCACUAUUGAUUUCAUUAAAGAAGAUGGUGUGGGAGUUAAGAGUCCCAGUUCAGACCAUAUUGAGGUAAAUACUGAUAAUUUAUUGAUAGAAGACUUAGUAGAAACUGUCAUAAUAUACAAAUGCAGAUUGUGCCCUUUUAAAGCUACUGACAGAGCUUCUCUUUCCACACAUUUAAAAACAUUACAUCUAAAGAAUGCAGAAAAAGGAGACAGUUUGAUCAAAAAGGAAAAUACCAGUAAAGAAGCCUUAUCAGAAAAAAUGGCCUUUAUGUGUGGAAAGUGCUCUGAGGCAUUUGCUUCAUUCUCUGAUUGGAGGUCUCAUAUGGCUAUGGUUCAUGAGAUAGUGAUGGGAGUCAAAGAUACAAUUGAAAACGAAGCAUUAAAUGGGGGUCCACCUGUUGACUUAGAAACAAUGCAAAAGAAGUCCAAACCACAGCAAAUCACUCCAAAAGCUAAAUAUGUCAUACCUACAAAAGAAAAGAAAAUUGUAUGUCCAGUGGAAAGCUGUUUAAUUAGAUUAUCCUGUCGAGACUUGAUUGAAAAACAUCGGGAGUGCCACGUAAGUUCUCGGAAUUUUGCCUGUCCCCAUUGCUCUCAGCCAUUUCGCAAGUGGUAUGAGUGUGCUAAUCACCUUUGGAAAUCACAUUCUGAAGAUGUAGAUCUCUAUUCCUGUCCAAAUUGUGAAUUUAAAACAGCUUUAAGAGCCAAACUUGAAGUCCAUGUUAAAACACAUUAUGAUGAGAGAGGAUAUUUAUGCACUGAAUGUGGUAAAACAUUUAAACAAGCAUUUCAGUUGCAGAAUCAUAGGGUUAGUCAUCUGAAAGUGUCUGAUCCAGCCAAUGUUCCUAAUUGGUCCAGAAAACAAGAAUGUUCUCAAUGUAAACGCACCUUCUGUGAUAGUAAAGCCCUUAAAAAGCAUAUUCAGGCAGUUCAUUCGAAUUUACGACCUUAUGUUUGUAAUGUUUGUGGCCAUACAUCUGCAUUGAAAAAUAGAAUGACUCUUCAUUUACGUCAGCAUACUGGAGAAAAACCAUUUUCUUGCCCAUUUUGUCCAUUUAUUACAGGUGACCAGAAUUGUCUCAGGCGACAUGCAUGGCGACAUUCCCGUGUCAGACCAUAUUCUUGUCCUCAUUGUGAAUACAGUUGUAUUCAGAGUAGUUCUUUGAAGAAACAUAUAAAAACUCAACAUCCUACUUCUUCUGAAGUUUUUUCUUGUCAACAUUGUUCUUUCACCUCCCUCUCGAAGAAUUCACUUGAGAACCACAUAAUAAAAAAUCAUGAUGGUAAAACAGAACCUAGUAAAGAAACUCGAGUUAUUUAUGUCGGUGCAUUAUCAGAGACUGUUGAAGGAACAGAUUCUGGACAGCUGAUUGCUUUGCCAGUAGAAAUACUAAUGGAUGAUGAUGAAUCCCAGAACUUUUUUGAAAAUACUGUAAUAGAUACUGGUGGAAUCACAAUUCCUGCUGAACUUAACUUACAAAAAUAAAAUUGUUCAUAUCAAUGAAAUAAGUAUGGAUAGUUAGGUUGUAUUAUUGUUAUUUUUUUUUUAAUGUUGUAAAUAAUAAUAUGUUAAAAAAUGCUGUGAUUUAAAAUAUUUAAGUUCUAAAAAAUUGUCCUAAUUGUACUUUAAUGUAAAUAAAUGGUUUUUAAUUGAUUAUCAU